AUGAGCGUGUCCAGUGUGUGCGUAAAGCUGAGAGCAGGGUGUGUGGGAGGAGAGGGAGGGGGAGUUGUGUGCUGGGUCUGUGGGAGAAGGGGGGGGGGUCUGGGCGGGUUUGGAGCAUGGUUUGGAGACAUUGCACGCGUCACUCACGCACUUUCAGCUGUUGGCACGCGCUCUGCUCCAGGCGAGGUCCACUCACUGCUGCUUCUGUGCGUGCGGCAGUGUUCUCGCAAAGCUCUGUCCAUGAGUUGUGUGCAGAGCCGUGGACUGGGGGCUGGUCGGGAUGUAGACUUGGAGCGCUGA